UGUGUGUGUAGCGGUGGCUGUUGCAAAUUUGUUGUUGGCCAAGCCAAACAAAAAAACAAAAGCGAAAAGCCAGUGAAGUUGCGAAAAAAUGCGGGCCAAAAGCUUGGAGAUUUUCGGCAACGGCCUUUGAACUCGACAACUGGCUUUGACAUCUGUUCGCGAUCGGGAAUUUAUGAAUCUCUCUCUUUGUCUCCCUUUUCGCUCUCUUUCUCCGUUGAAAACCAGGCCAAAAGCAUUUUCCAACAGAUUUUUUUAGUUGUGCACUUGUGGCUGUUGUAAUUUUUCCGAAACGUUCUCGCUUUGGUGCAUUCCUAAGUAAAUGCUACUAAUAACAAGGGGAUAAAAAGAAGAGAAAAAAAGAAGGCAAUCCAAAGAUUGGCCAAAGAGAUGAAAAAAGUUGCUUGACUUGUUUGACCCGCGUUUGUGUUUUUGUGAUACUGUGUGUGUAUGAGUAAGUGCGACUUCUCUUUCGUCUUCUUCUUCUUCGGAUUCUUGUUGUUGGCCAAGCCGUAUUCUACAUAAAUAACUAAACAAAAUGACACAUAAGAGCCAUAAAAAUGAAUUUUUAAUUUAUGCAACCACGGCUGCUGCAUAAGUUUUCAAAUUUAUAUAAUACUUAAACAAAACUUGUGAAAAACAAGCAAAUAACGGUCGCAUAAAUGAGCAUAUUAAUCAAUUUGAGUGCAUAAAUUAAGACAAACUGAUCAUUACUUAUAAUUAUUGAUCUAUUGCCAACUUAUUUGUAAGGAAAUCGCAAUCAAGUUUGCUCUAAUUCCGUAUAAUUACCCUUUUAUGUGCCACAUUUUCACCCAUUAAAUUAACCCAAAAUAAUUCUGCAGCCUGUGAUAAAACAAAGCGAGAAACAAUAAAAAGAAAAGAAGAGAGUGGAGUGAAGAACAAAGCCAGCGGUUUCCAGUCUCCAGCAACAUUCCAUGAAACCCAGAGAUCAGAGGGCGCCCUAAUGAUUCCUCGCUGGCACACAAAUGACGAAUUAUGAGAACCUUAUAAAUUUGCCAUUAAAUUUUAAUGCAAAUAAUCACGCCAGUAAUAAUGAGAACAAUGCCAAAAUUGCCAUCGGUGGCGAGCAGCUGCUGAAUAAGAUGUCGCAGCGGGAUUUCUCCGAGAACGAGCCGGAAUGCACGCCGGAGUUGCCCGCCGCGAACCGCGCUCUCUUCCUGGAGAAGGUGCGUCAGUCGAAUGCCGCCUGCCAGAGUGGCGACUUUGCCACAGCGGUGCUGCUCUACACGGAUGCCCUGCAGCUGGACCCGGGUAACCACAUCCUCUACAGCAAUCGAUCGGCGGCCCUGCUGAAACAGGGUCAGUUUGCAGCCGCCUUGCAGGAUGCGACGCAGGCGCGCGACCUGUGUCCCCAGUGGCCGAAGGCUUACUUCCGCCAGGGCGUGGCGCUCCAGUGCCUGGGUCGAUAUGGCGAGGCCCUGGCCUCCUUUGCCUCCGGCCUGUCCCAGGAGCCGACCAACAAGCAGUUGAUGGGUGGCCUGGUGGAGGCCUCCCUGAAGAGUCCCCUGCGCACGGCACUGGAGCCCACGUUGCAGCAGCUGCGCACCAUGCAGCUGCAGGAGUCGCCGUUUGUAGUCAGUUCGGUGGUGGGUCAGGAGCUCCUCCAGGCGGCCCAGUAUCCGGCGGCGGUGUCCGUUCUGGAGGCAGCGCUCCGGAUCGGCAGCUGCUCGUUGAAGUUGAGGGGUUCCGUGUUCAGUGCCUUGAGUUCCGCCCAUUGGGCCUUGAAUCAAUUGGACCAGGCCAUUGGCUACAUGCAGCAGGAUCUGGCGGUGGCCAAAUCCUUGGGCGACACGGCUGGUGAGUGCCGGGCACAUGGAAACCUCGGCUCGGCUUACUUCAGUCAAGGGGCCCACAAGGAGGCGCUCACUGCGCAUCGCUAUCAACUGGUGCUGGCCAUGAAGUGCAAGGAUACUCAGGCGGCAGCGGCCGCGUUGACCUCACUGGGCCACGUGUACACGGCCAGCGGGGAUUACCCCAAUGCCCUGGCCUCCCACAAGCAAUGUGUGCAGCUGUUCAAGCAACUGGGAGAUCGAUUGCAGGAGGCCCGCGAGAUUGGCAACGUGGGAGCGGUUUAUCUGGCCCUGGGCGAAUGUGAAGCCGCCUUGGACUGCCAUUCGCAGCACUUAAGACUGGCGCGCAAGUUGCACGACCAGGUGGAGGAGGCCCGGGCGUACUCCAAUCUGGGAUCAGCCCACCACCAGCGGCGGCAAUUCACCCAGGCGGCGGCCUGUCACGAGCAGGUGCUCCGGAUCGCCCAGGCUCUGGGGGAUCGGUCCAUGGAGGCGGCCGCCUAUGCGGGAUUGGGUCAUGCGGCGCGGUGUGCCGGCGAUGCCAGCGCCUCGAAGAGAUUCCACGAGCGUCAGUUGGCCAUGGCGCUGUCGGCCCGGGACAAACUGGGCGAGGGCAGGGCCUGCUCCAAUCUGGGCAUUGUCUAUCAGAUGCUGGGCUCCCACGAUGCGGCGCUGAAGCUGCACCAGGCCCACCUGGGCAUUGCCCGCUCCCUGGGCGAUCGCACGGGCAUGGGCAGGGCGUAUGGUAACAUGGCCAGGAUGGCCCACAUGGCCGGAUCCUAUGAGGCGGCGGUUAAGUACCACAAGCAGGAGCUGGCCAUCAAUCAGGCGGUGCACGACCGCAGUGCCGAGGCGGCCACGCAUGGCAACCUGGCGGUGGCCUAUCAGGCUUUGGGUGCCCAUGAUGCGGCCUUGACCCACUACCGGGCGCACCUGGCCACAGCCAGAUCGCUGAAGGACACCGCUGGCGAGGCCUGUGCCCUGCUCAAUCUGGGCAACUGCCUCAGCGGACGGCAGGAGUACGAGGAGGCGGUGCCGCACUACGAGAGCUACCUGAUGCUGGCCCAGGAGUUGGGCGAUGUGGCCGCCGAGGGCAAGGCGUGCCACCUGCUCGGCUACGCCCACUUCUGUCUGGGCAACUACCGCGCCGCCGUGCGCUACUACGACCAGGAUCUGGCCCUGGCCAAGGAUGCCCAGCAUCGACCCAACAUGGGACGGGCCUACUGCAAUCUGGGACUGGCUCAUCUGGCGCUGGGACACACUGCCGCCGCCCUGGAGUGCCAGCAGUUGUUCCUGGCCGUGGCCCAUGCCACCAACCAGCUUCCCGCCAAGUUCAGAGCCUUGGGAAACAUUGGAGAUAUCCUCAUAAGAACAGGAUCACAUGAGGAGGCCAUCAAGUUGUACCAACGUCAGUUGGCUUUGGCCCGAGCCGCCGGAGAUCGUUCGAUGGAGGCGGCUGCCUGUGGAGCUCUGGGAUUGGCCCAUCGACUGAUGCGCCGGUGGGACAAGGCGUUGGGUCAUCACACCCAGGAGUUGACACUGCGCCAGGAGCUGGGGGACUUGUCCGGCGAGUGUCGCGCCCAUGGACACUUGGGAGCCGUUCACAUGGCCCUAUGCAGCUGGACCAAUGCAGUGAAGUGCUACCAGGAGCAGCUGGAGCGGGCUCAGGAGCAGCGGGACGCUGCAGUGGAGGCCCAAGCGCAUGGAAACCUGGGCAUUGCUCGUCUUAACAUGGCCCACUACGAGGCGGCCAUUGGUUGCCUAGAGGCGCAACUGGGAACUCUGGAGCGUGUGUCUCUGCCCUCCACGCAAGCGGAUCGUGCUCGAGCCCUGGGCCAUUUGGGAGAUUGCUAUGCCGCCCUGGGGGACUACGAGGAGGCGUUGAAGUGUCACGAUCGGCAGCUUCAACUGGCCUUGGGCCUGACCAGCCAUCGGGAUCAGGAGCGCGCCUAUCGAGGAUUGGGCCAGGCACGCAGGGCACUGGGGCAGCUGCCGGCCGCUCUGGUUUGCCUCGAGAAGCGUCUGGUGGUGGCCCACGAGCUGCACAGUGCGGAGAUCAAGGCACUGGCCUACGGUGACCUGGGCCAUGUCCAUGCCGCCCUGGGUAACCACACGCAGGCGCUGAACUGCCUGGAACAUCAACGGGAACUGGCUCAGGGUCUGCAGGAUCGCGCCCUGGAAUCGGAUGCUAUGUGUGCCCUCGGUCAGGUGCAGCAGCGAAUGGGUCAGCACGCGGAGGCACUAGAGCUGCAUCGACAGGAUCUGCAGAUUUGCACGGAGCUAUCCGCUCCCGCCUUGCAGGCUCGUGCCCUAAGCAACCUGGGAUCUGUCCACGAAUCGCUGGGAGAGCAGGCCGAAGCUCUCAAGUGCUACGAGCGGCAAUUGGAACUCAGCUCGGAUCGUUUGGCCAAGGCGCUGGCGUGUUUGGCCCUCGGAAGGGUUCACCAUCAGCUGGAGCAGCACAAUCAGGCGGUGGACUAUUUGCGGCAGGGAUUGGCAAGUGCCCAGUCCAUGGGAAAGUCGGAGGAGGAGGCCAAGAUAAGACAUCAACUAGGUCUUGCCCUUCGCUCCUCUGGCGAUGCCGAAGGAGCCCACCUCCAACUGGAGACCGCCGCCCAGUUGCUGGAGUCCGUGCGCCACGAACAGCGAAGUCCGGAGACGCGACUGGCCCUCUACGAUCUGCAGACCAGCUGUUACCACCUGCUGCAGCUUCUUUUGGUGGCACUCAAUCGCAACGAGGACGCCCUGGUGGCCGCCGAACGGUGCAAGGCUCGUGGCGGAGCAGACGCCGUGAGCGGGGAGAGCUCUAAGGUUCCGCUGGCCGACAGCGAGGCCAUUCAGGAGACGGUCAACCGGGGAAGGAUGCCCGUGCUCUACUACAGCUUGGCUGGGGAGCAGCUCUUCGCCUGGUUACUCAAACCACAGGUUGGAAUCGUGCGCUUUCAUGCCGCUCGCAUCGAUGCCCAUAGCCUGCAGCUUCCGUUGUCCCUCAGCGAAGAGGAGGAGGAACUGGAGAUGGAGAGGGAGCUGCAACUGGAGCGGGAACAAGAAGAAAAUGAGGGUGAGGAUCAGCGGAAAUCCCAGCAGGCCGAUGGCCUGCUUGAGCGCUAUGUGAACUUGGUGCGCGACAACCUGGGUGUCAACUCGCAGAGCAUCCUUUACGAGGGUGACGGAAGUGGCUGGCGAGCCAGCACGGAGCAAUUGCUGGAGGAUCUGCCCGGAGCUGGAGGGGCUGGCGGAGGCGGUUUCCUGCGCAUGGUGAGCCGCAAUCAACUGCUCAACUCUUCGAACUACUCCCUCAGCUCGCUGUUCUCCGUGGGAUCGGUUGGUGGCUCCGUGGCCAGUCUCCAGGGUUCCAUGCGAUCCGUGGGCAGUCGCAGCUCACGGAGAGCUCCGGCCUUGCCCGCCUGGCAUGGACCCUCCUGCCUGCACACCCUGUACAAUCUUCUGCUGGCUCCAUUCGAUGAUCUACUGCCCGCGGGAGGAGCAAAUGCCAGCCGACAGGGCAGACGAGAGUUGAUCCUGGUGCUGGAUAGCUCGCUCUACCUGGUUCCCUUUGCCAUUUUGAGGGCGGCUCGAGAGGAUGGGGAAUAUCUGUCCGAGCGGUGUGCCAUCCUGACCGCCCCGUCACUGCAAUCUUUGCGUAGUCGUCCCCGAAGUAGACGAGAUCGAGCUCGUCCACCCAAAGCUCUGGUGGUGGGCGGUCCUCGGAUUCCAUCCACCCUGGCGGAACGUUGGGGCUGGGCUGCAGCUGAAUCUCCGGCAGCUCUGCAGGAGGCCGCCAUGGUGGCCGAUAUGCUGCAGGCCACCGCCCUGGCUGGCUCCAAUGCCACCAAGGAGUCCGUUCUGGCCGAAUUGCCCUCCGCCGAGUGCGUCCACUUUGCGGCCAAUAUCAGCUGGCAAUCGGGUGCCGUCGUCCUGAGUCCCGGCGAUGUGGUCACCGCCGAACAGCAGGAGCAAAAGGAACCACAUGAGCCCCAAUUGGCGGACUUCACCCUGGCCGCCGGUGAACUGCGUCAGCUGCGUCUCAGUGCCCGUCUGGUGGUGCUGAGCUCCUAUCACUCCGUGGAACCCAUCACCGGAGCCGGAGUGGCCCAACUGGCCGGCAGUUGGCUUCUAGCUGGAGCCGGAGCAGUGCUCAUUUCGCUAUGGCCAGUUCCGGAAACGGCGGCCAAGAUACUGCUGCGCGCCUUCUACUCCGCCUUGUUGCAAGGUGCCCGAGCAGCCCGCGCCUUGGCCGAAGCCAUGCAAACGGUGCAGCACACCAAGCACUUUGCCCAUCCGGCCAACUGGGCUGGCUUCCUGUUGGUGGGCAGCAAUGUCAGGCUGUCGAACAAGGUGGCCCUGCGCCAUGCCCUUUGCGAACUCCUGCGGACUCCGGAGCGCUGUCGGGAUGCACUCCGCGUUUGCCUGCAUCUGGUGGAGAAGAGUCUGCAGCGGAUUCAUCGCGGCCAAAAGAACGCCAUGUACACCACUCAGCAAAGUAUUGAGAAUAAGGCGGGCCCGGUGGCUGGCUGGAAGGAUCUGCUAAUGGCUGUGGGCUUCCGCAUCGAGCCGGCUGCCAAUGGGAUUCCGUCCAGCGUCUUCUUCCCCCAGGCGGAUCCCGAGGAGCAACUGGCCCAGUGCUCGGCCAGUCUCCAGGCCCUGCUCGCCCUGACCCCGGCCACCCUGCAGGCGCUGGCCAAGUUGGUCCAUGUGAACAGUGCCGAGCAUGCAGAGGAUAUUAUAGCCGUGGUACGGAAUAUCCUGGCCCAGUUUCCGGGCUCAAAUCCUCCCGGCUCCGGUUCGAGCUCCAUCAAAACGGAUGUGAUGGCCGAGACCUGCUUCAUCGAGAUGCCAUUGAGUGUAAGACUGUGGCGCGUGGCUGGAUGCCAUGAGCUGCUCGCCUCCGUGGGCUUCGAUUUGACAGAGGUGGGUGCGGAUCAGGUGGUCCUGCGCACGGGAAAACAGGCCAAUCGACGGCAGUGCCAAUUUGUGCUCCAGGCCCUGCUCGCUUUGUUUGACACCCGCGAGGCUCCCAAGAAUCUGGGCCUGGAUCCCGACUCGGAGCACAGCAGCAGCUGCGAGUCCCUGGCCGAAACGGAAUUGGAUGCCCCACCAGUUCCGCCCGUGGCCAGCAGCACGCCCUCCGUGAACGGGGCCACCAAGGCGCCACUUCCGUUGCAUCCACGCAGCGCCUUCAUCUCGUAUGUGCGACGUCGCGGCGAGCCGGAUGGCGGGCGAACUGAAGCCAUCGGUGGAGCAGGGGGCGCCGGCGGCGGCUUGGAUUCCAGUCUGGCCAACACCACUGACAGCGAGCAUUCCCUGUCCGAUGGCUAUGCCACUCAGCCGGGCUUUGGUCUGUCCAAUCCCCGACUGGGCUAUGCUAGCAUGCGGGCUCCGGUGAGGGUUUCCCGACCUGGAGGUGGCGGCGAGAGCGAUGCCGCCUUCACACCGAGUCCACCCGUGACCGAUCCCAGCUUGUCCCUGGCACUGGCUCAUCAGACGCGCAUCCGAAGUCUGUACUCGCAGACCAGUUCGGUGGCUACAGCUCCUCCAGCGGCGCCAACCAUGAGCAGGAGGCCUGAUAGCUCCAGUUCGGCGAGCAGCACCACGGAUUGGGAGGGAUCCGGUCAUGCGACCGUCUUGAGACGUGGAGUAAGUGCGGCAAUGCCGCAACAGCCGCCACCACUGCCACCGCCACGGCCACCAACGUAUCACAAUCUGGGCGUGGGCGCUGGUGGACGUAGCAAACCCAAGAUCAAAUUGGGCAGUGCCCAAAGUUCUCUGGCAGCACGGGUUAACAAGGAGCAUGCUCUGUUCAUGGACAGGCUGAGUGUACGAACGGAGCUAAGUGCACCGGGAGGAGGUAACGCUAAUGCCAUGAGCAAUGGAUCAGCCACAAGGAAACCACUGGCCCUGCCCGAGGAGGAGGAGGUCUCCAAUGUGGUCUUCAAUCCAUCCAGCUUGUACUUCUCCCAAUCGGACGCCGAUCUCCUAAACGAAGCCAAGCAGGAGGAAUCUCCGCCAGCUUCGAAGUCCAAUGGCAAGUGCCUGCAGGACAGCAUGAUGCGGCACAUGAACCGCGAGCUGACACCCAGCCUCUCAGAGCUGUAUCAUGAACGUAAUCUGGGCUUGGGCUUGGCUCCACCGCUGUCCAAGCUUCUGUUGAGUACCAACUACGAAGAGCAGGAGGUGGUCUCCAUGGGCGAGGGCUGCCCACAAUCGGGUGCUGGCCUCAAAACUCUAGUGGAUGCCGUCAGCGAACUGGAGCUAAGUGGCAGUUCAUCGGGGGCCACCAUACCCACGGUGGUGGUAGUGGGUGGCGGAGGCAAUGAAGUGGAGGGCUCAUCAUCCACCGCUCCCACCGUUGAAGCCACCUGCCCCAUUUGUGGUGAUCCCGCUGACGUCAUCUGCCGCUGCAAGGCAGCCACCAUUCAGAAGAAGAGCAUCCUCAAGCCCUGGCUGAGCAAUGUGCCGGACAGCAGUUUGGUGCAGGCCAGUGAGCUGACCACGGCGGACAUUUUGGAGCGACGCCUGGAGAUUCACACGGCCGGAGCUCCCUACUCCGUUGAUCUUUGUCGGCGGGAUGAGGGCGAUGGACGAUCGGUGGCGGAUUCGCAAUGCAGCAGCAACUACAAGCGAGUCCUGGCCAGCGCCACCGGAAAAGCAGUUAGUCUGGUGGGGAUUGGCAAUGGAAUCGAAGCGGAACCCCAGAGUGCCACUUCCGGGGCCACCUGCUCAUCUGCCCGCCUUGUCUAGAUAACUACUUGAUCCCUAGUUACAUUAAUUUAUUAUUGCAUGUAUUUAUUGUUUUUCGUAUUCCGCAACAAACGCAUUUUAUGGAUAAUUUAUUUUCAUUACCAAGCCACUGAUUAAAAUUUAUUCAACUAAUUUAAUAGGUCUUUACUAAGACCCCCCUUAAACUAAUAGAUUUUAUAGAAUUGUAUUACUUAGCAAAAAUAAACUGUUAUACUGAAUAUCUAAAGAUGAAAAGGUUGUUUUAUUUCAAUGAACUCUGAUUAAAGAUGCUGUUAAAUCGAAAUUUGUUUAAACCAUCUUUGAAAAU